CUUAAAUUAUUCAAAAGAAAUCACUCCGUAAAAUUUCAUAAAAACAGUUAUUAAAAUUGUAUGAAAAGGUCCGUGCAAGUGAUUCAGUGUCAAAAUGAACUUAGUGUGAACAAAUGCAGUUGCCCAUUUGUGUUUAAUAAUAGUUUUUUUUAUUUUCGAUUUAAUUUCAUAUUUGCUUUGUAUUAUGACCGAUUGAAUCUGAAGUGGCGAAAAUCAUUAUGGGGCAAAGUCCGAGCUCAGUACGGAGUAAGUCUAGUAGGAGAUCUUUUCGCGGUUUUGUUAGGCGGACGAAAUUAAAUAAAUCUAGUUUGAGUCAUACAUUCAACUUGCCGCCGUCGGAGGAGUACCCAGAGCUGAUGAAUGUGAACACAGCGACCGAGGAGCAGCUGAUGACGCUGCCCGGGGUCACGAGACAGCUAGCUCGGGAAAUUGUCCGCCAUCGGCAGAUGAUUGGCAGAUUUAAGCGCGUUGAUGACCUUGCGUUAGUCUCAGGUAUUGGAGCAGAGAAACUUGAACUACUUAGGCCAGAGAUAUGUACAAAUACAAGAAGGCAGAUAUCUCGCGCUAGCUCGUGCACACAUUCUUUAGACAGUGUGAGAUUUACAGGUGAAAAUAAAUUAUGCUCCAUCAACUCUUCAAGUGUUUUCCAACUUCAAUGUGUACCUGGUUUAAACCAAGAAAUAGCUGCAAAUAUAGUGGACUACAGGAACAAAAAAGGCCCUUUUAAAUCCCUCGAUGAUUUGAUUAAAGUAAGAGGAAUGGAUAUAGUGAGAUUGAGUACAGUGAAGCAUCAUUUGAGCUUAGAACCGAGGAAAUGUGAGAGUGUUCAGCUUUUAGCAAAUGGUCAUACAUUUGGGUGGACUGAGGACUCAUUAAAUGAGCCAAGCCUGAAUGGCAUGCGGGAUGUGAGGACACCUCAUAGAAAGAGUUUGUCUAUGCCAAACAAACUGCCAAUAAUAUUGCCAAAUGGAUUUGCUACAGCCCCAGUAAAUGAUAUUUUAGAUUUAUUGGCUGCAUAUUCUCACCGGCCAGUUGUUGAGGAACUAUUUACAUAUGAAAGAGAUGGUGUAAGAUGUUGCCGUAUAGCUUCAUGGAACCUGCACCAGCUUAGUAUAGAAAAGAUAACAAACCCUGGUGUUAGAGAGGUGGUUUGCAGGACUAUUUUGGAAAACAAGUUAUCAAUAAUAGCCAUACAAGAUGUGCUAGAACCUGCCGCGCUGAAGGUAAUCUGUGAGGAGCUGAACAGCCCCUCGCUGAGGCGGGUGCGUGAGUGGCGCUGCAACAGUCACAAAUGGGAUUACUGCGCCAACGACAGAGCUGAUGGGCCAUCCCUAGGAUUCAUCUACGAGGCGUCGCACAAGGGCGUGACUGUGGAAGACGUGGGCGUAGAUCAGUUGCACCUACUGUCGGAGGCAGUGGACGCUAAGCGACUGAGCGAAGCGCUGACAUCACUUCGAACUGACGAUCGUCUUGCUUCACCACAAGUGUUCUUAAUAUGCGGUCGACCAGUGAUCGUAGUGAAUAUCCAGUGCCGGGAGCCGCUGACGGAGGAACAAUGCACUCGGCUGGAUGGGGUGGCGGUGCUCGCGAUCGCCUGCAAGCUACCUCUACUCUUUGCAGGGGAUUUCCAUCGAUGGGAUAAUGUGCAUUUGUUAAAGAACUGCGAGUCGGUGUUGGACGAAUCAGUGCCGACAAAAGUGGACGCAGCCAGCGGUGGCCAGAGCGCCAUACUGACCGCGGGCGAGGUGGCCACCAGCAGCUGCAAUGGCCACGCGGCGGCCAUCCGCUCCGGCCUCAGCCACCUGGCCAUCCCGCGCGGCUGGUCGUGGGGCGGCCCCGCCUCCCCCCACUGCCCCGUUUGGGCUGAAAUAAACAUCCCAGAUUGACGACCAUUCACAUAUAAACAAGGCAAGACUCUAUCCCUAAAGCACACUUUUCCUUAUUGAGGUUAUGCGGAAUUGUCAACUUUCUCGCCACUUUUGUUUGUUAGAUUUAAGCAUAACUUUACUUUAUUAAUUUAUUUAUUAUAAAUCAUAUAAAUAUAAGUGCAGCGGUAGUCAACUUUCUAUCUUUGCCCACCUGUGGACGUUUCAUCUUUCGCAGUGGGCACGAAAUAAAAAAAGGUUGACAACUUCUGUAUUUAGCGUAUAAUUCAAAUGUUACCUAUUUAUUAGUUAGAA